GGAGAAAAUAAUCUAUUGGGGAGAGGAGGGAGGGAGUACAAAGUAUCGCAGCAAAUUCAGUAAUGAUAUUGGCAGAGAUCUUUAAAAUCUUAUUUAGGAGCAAGAGAGUAGGCUAAGUUGCGAGUGGCCUCUACUGCUUGCUGCUUGCUGCUGAUGCUGCCACCAUUAAAUACCUCAAUUGGAUCUCUAGUUUUUCUUUUAUAGCACUUUGAUGAUGUACUGUUCCAUUCAUUUUCCGUAGGCAUAACACACAGCCUUUUUUUUUCUCUCUCUCUCUCUAUAAAAUGUCGAUGUAGAAAGAGAAUUGGGCAACAACAUCGUCAAAGGAAUUGGGGAGGGGGUGGGUUUCUUCUGUAAAGUCAUCUGGGGUUUGCCUGGUCAAGUGGGUAUCUAUCACAUAAAGAGACAUAACUCUCAAAAGCUGUGCUGAGAGAGAGAGAGAGAGAGAGAGGGAGAGAGAUGGGUUAGGCUGUGGAAUUGGAAUUACUGGGUUUGGUUUUUGAUUUGUAGAUUUGGGGAAUAGUUGGGGGAGGAGGUGGGGGAUGGAAUUGAAAAAAAUGAAUGGCAGAACUUUUUGGGAGAGGCAGACGAGGCGGCAGCAGCUUCAUCAGCAAGAGCAGAAGCAACAGGUUUCAGAGUGGUGGCAGCAGCAGCAAUUGCAGAAAGAAGAAGGAGAGAGAGAGGAGAGAGAAGAAGAUAGAAGAAGCCAUUAGGAUUAGGAAAAAGCACUGCCCGUUUAAAGCUGGAAGAAGAAAAGCAAAACAAUCCGAGUCUGGAUCCUCAACGAAAUCGCCCUCAUCAUCAUCAAAACCAGAUUCUAAUUUCGAGGCAUGUAGAAGGAAAAGCAGAGGAAGACGACCAAGAUUCUCCACCCCACCACCACCAAGACCACCACCACCACCACCCUCAGCACCAACCGCAUCCUUUCAAUGUGCACCAGAAUCAGCAUCUUUUUCUUCAAAACACUCACCAACAAGACCAAAAUCUACACAAUUACUACGCAGUUUUAGAUUCACAGUCACAACAACCCCACCAGCAACAAGCCCCCAAAAAACGUUCUUACUUUCAGCUUCCUCCUCCUCAUCCGGUGGCGGCCCCUGCCGCCUCUGUCUCCACGUUCGCCGACCAGAGCAUCGAAUAUGCGAGAAAAAUGGGAGAGAGCCACCGCCAAACAUCGACGUCGUCAAGGUUGGGGAUGAGAACCGGCGGCGGGGGUGGGGAGAUUGUGGAGGUUCAAGGAGGCCACAUUGUUCGUUCCACUGGAAGAAAAGACCGUCACAGCAAAGUUUGCACAGCCAAAGGUCCAAGAGACCGCCGUGUUCGCCUCUCUGCUCAUACCGCCAUCCAGUUCUACGACGUCCAAGACCGCCUCGGGUAUGACCGACCCAGUAAAGCUGUAGAUUGGCUUAUAAAAAAGGCCAAGGCCGCCAUUGAUGAGCUCGCCGAGCUUCCUGCAUGGCAUCCGAGCACAGGAAACGCAUCCACACAGGGGGAGGAGCAGCAGAGUCUGAAUGAUGAGAACGAGAAUCUACUUUCAGUCCAACGCGAUGUGUUCAAUUCAACAGGUAAUCGGAGAGCGACGGUGUUGGGGAGUGACAGUAGAGUCUCAGAGUUUCCUCUGCAAAACUUGCAGCAUACCCAAAUGGGGGAAGGCCCAAAUAGCAGCACCUCAAGCUUUCUCCCACCGUCGCUGGACUCGGACUCCAUUGCUGAUACCAUCAAGUCGUUCUUCCCUAUAGGCACGUCGGCAGCGGCGGCGGAGACGACUUCUUCGUCGAUUCAAUUCCAGAAUUACCCACAAGAUUUGCUUUCUAGGACGAGUAGCCAGAACCAAGAUCUGCGGCUUUCUUUGCAGUCUUUUCAAGACCCAAUAGCUAUUCACCGGCAUCAUCAUGCUCAGCACCAGAGUCAAGGUCACCAGAAUGAGCAUGUCCUGUUUUCCGGCACCGCCCCAUUAAGCGGGUUUGAUGUGACCACCGCUGGUUGGUCUGAACACAACAGCCUCAAUCCGGCGGAGAUUAGCCGGUUCCCGCGGAUAACUUCUUGGAACGCAUCUGGUGCAGAAACUGGUAGUGGCGGCGGAGGUGGGAUCAGGAGUGCGGGCUAUGUAUUCAACUCGCCGCACUUGCCAACUGCGCUGCCACCUUCACAACUUAUGCAGCCAUUAUUUGGAGAAAACCAGUUUUUUUCUCAGAGGGGACCCCUUCAGUCCAGUAACACACCUUCAAUUCGCGCUUGGAUUGACCCAUCACUUACACACACUGAUCAUCAACAGCAUCAAAUACCACCAUCAAUCCAUCAAUCCUCCUACGCAGGCUUAGGAUUCGCCUCAGGUGGAUUCUCUGGGUUUCACAUUCCAACGCGAAUUCAAGGUGAGGAGGAGCACGAUGGCAUUUCAGACAAGCCAUCCUCUGCUUCCUCUGAUUCUCGCCAUUGAUUUGAUAAAAAAAUCCCAAGAUUUUCUCUUCUAGAGGUCCUAACUUCAAAACCCACCUGUCAAAUUUAUCUGAAUCCUCAACACAAUUGGUCCUAACCUCAGCUUCUCUACUACUUUAGACGAUUUUGUUAUUGCAGGUGUGCAUCUUCAAUUAGAAAAGCCAAGGUUAGCAGCACCACCGUCAAGCCACCACAUGGUUUUCAAGAGGGCAGAAUUUUGGGUCGUUUUGUUUCAAUGGCCUUUACCAUGGAAGUAGUGAUUCUGAGUGCUUUAGUUCUUAUGGUCCAUGGUUUAUUUAGCUUCUGUCAGUUGUUUAUGUUAAAAAAAAACCUCUUAGGUCUAAUCUUUGAUGAAUCUCUUGAUGGAAUUGUCUUUCUUAUUUGUUUCUGUAGCAAGACUUUUAUUAUUCUGAUUACCUUUUUGAAUUAAUAUUUCGAUUUUAAUCUCUGCUAUGUUCUACUUUCCCCUUCUAAGCAGUAAACUGACUCUGUUUGUGGUA